AAGUAUUCUGAGUCAUGGAGCGCGGCGAGGAAGCACCCACUGAGGGAGCUCCGCCUGAGGGGGCUUUGGUGGAGGCCAAAGCCCCCGUUAUUCCUGAAGCCCCCGCUACAGAUGUUUCGACAACCGAAGAAGCGGGCUCCAAAGAGCCCCAGGUCCCUUCCGGCCCUCGUCCCGAAGGUGCUGGGGACACUUGUGACACCCGAGGGGCUCGAGGCCCACCGACUCCCGGCAGGGCCAAGUCUCAGAAGACCCCCCGCCAGGGCACUGCUCGCUGCCAGACCCUCGAGAGUGCCAUGCGAUCCAUGAGUGUAAGGCUUGAAUGUCAUGACGUUGAGGAACAGUUUAUAUUGCGUCUGCCUCCGGAACAAGCUUAUGCUGUCAGGAAAAUUAUACAUUCUAGAAAUGCUGCUUGGAAGGAUAAACUAAAAAUUGACUUUUCUCCUGAUGGCCACCAUGCGGUUGUUCAAGUAGACAACGUCUCACUGCCUGCUAAACUGGUUAAUCUGCCUUGUGUUAUCGGAAGCCUGAAAACUAUUGACAGAAAGACAUUUUAUAAGACCGCGGAUGUUUCUCAGAUGCUUGUAUGCAGUCCUGAAGGUGAGCCUCAUUCUCCUCCUGAAGAACCAGUUGUCUCUACUGGUCCUACUGUAAUUGGAAUUAGUGAAGGGAAGGCAGAGAGAAAAAAAUAUAACUGGAAGCAUGGCAUUACUCCACCACUUAAGAAUGUCAGAAAGAAAAGGUUCCGGAAAACAACAAAAAAGCUCCCAGAUGUGAAACAAGUGGAUGAAAUCAACUUUAGUGAGUACACUCAAUCUCCAAGUGUGGAAAAAGAAGUGAAGAGACUGCUCUACUCAGAUGCUGAAGCUGUCAGUGUCCGCUGGGAAGUCGUUGAUGAUGAUGAUGCUAAGGAAAUAGAAAGUCAAGGGUCCAUGCCAACCACUCCAGGAAUCUCACAGAUGGGUGGUGCUAGUUUAUCAGACUAUGAUGUGUUUCGGGAGAUGAUGGGUGAUUCUGGCAGCAACAGUAAUGAUGUGGAAGAGAAGAGUAAUGAAGGUGACGACGAUGAUGAUGAAGAUGAAGAUGAUGAAGACUAUGGAAAUGAAAAGGAGGAGGAAGAGACAGACAAUUCUGAAGAGGAGUUAGAGAAGGAGCUGCAGGCCAAAUUUAAUGAAUUUAGCCUCCAUGAAGCAGACCAAGAUUACAGUUCAAUAACCAUGGCAAUUCAGAAACUGAUUUUUAUCAAAGAAAAGAGGCUCCAGAUGAUUUAUAAAAAAGCCCAGCGACAGAAGGAACUCCUCAGGAAAGUGGAAAACUUGACCCUCAAGAGACAUUUCCAGAAUGUUUUGGGGAAGCUUAACAUAAUGGAAAAAGAGAAGUGUGAACAGAUUUAUCACCUCCAGGAACAACUGAAAUGUUUCCUGAAGGAGUAAGGAAAGCCUCAGCCUGGCACACCAAGUGGAUUCACCCUCCAGAUGAAGACUGGGUGGAACCACAUACUUCUGUCCCUCUACUUUAUCUUAAACAACUUUUAUUUGUUGAGCAUUUUUCACUAAAGUAAAUUUAAGGAUCACAUUUAUAUAGGAGACAUAUAUAGAGGGAGUUAUAUAAAUGCAUAGGUUUAGAGACCCACAUGGGAUGUUGUUUCUCUUUGUCAAUUUGAGAUUAAAUGUGUGUAUUUCUUUAUCUCUUACUCUAUGGUACCAUGAGAUCAUUCAGCCGUCCUUGUCAAAGGUUUAGGCUAGAAAGAUACACAGCUGUUUUACAUAAGUUUACUUUUCAAACCUGGUUUUAAGUAUUUCUUACAAUUUUGAAAAUGAUCAAAUUGUCAGCUGGCAAUCCCAGCAAUUUAAAAGGCAGAAGCAGAAGGUCAAAUUGAAGGCCAGCCUGGGCUGUAUAUAAGACCCUGUCUCAAAAUAAAAUAAACUGAAAACCAUG